AUGGGAGGCCCGACGCGAUCGAUGGCCGGCGGCUGGGUGCAGCUUGCGGGGAGCGAGAUUGCAGGAGGCGGAUUCAUGGGGCCUUUGAAGUUUGGCCCUGAGUCCAGCGCCGACGAUGCCGACGCCCCAGCCCGGCCACUGACUGACCCGCGUCUAGUCCAGUCCAAGACGCCCAGCCCAACUUCUGGUGUCAGUUGCCGUCUGGGCUGGACAUGGCAGAUGCAAUUGGACUGUCCGGGGCCAAAGGUCUGGUUCUGGCUGGUCAAUUGA